AAAAAACAAAUAUAUUUUUGACACAUCUAUUGUUGUUGUAUAGUUAACAGAAAUGUAACGAACUCUAUAUAUCUUCAAGUAAAUCAAAGGAAUGUGUGUAAACUUUUACAAUUUAUAUUCAGUUAGUUAAGAUUUGACCAUCAAGGUCAUAUUCAAAAUUUUGUGACGUUAUGCGCAAAGAGAGGGAAACACGUUGUGCGCCACAUUAAAACGAAUGUGUGUUUUUGUUGUCAUAGUAUGUGAAAUACGCUGCCAAGAUAUAAACAACAAACAAGUAUUUUUUUAUUUAACAAAACCGUUUUGGUGUGCAGCAACAAUAACUGUUUUUAAACAUGUCAAAAACGUCGAGCGUAGGGAGCUUAGAAAGUGCUGUAACGGGUCAGCUGCCGCCGUCGAUACGCAGAAUGCAACAGCAGCAGCAGCAACAGCAACAGCAACAACAACAGCAACAACUUGAUACCGAAAAAGACUACCCAAGUGCGAUUGAGCUAUUGCGCCAGCGUUCGCAACGUUUGGCGACGCGACUGCAACAAACGCAAAAGGAAUUCUCAACGAAAUUGCCAAAUACAACGGAUUAUCCCUUGAUCGAACAGAAAGCUCAUCAAUUUAUGCGCAACUAUGUCUCACAGUCGCAAAUGCAAUUGCCGCAGCAACGUUCAAUGCCAGUGCUCAAUGUUGCUAGUGCUGUUGCAACAGCAAAUGCCGCUGCCAAUCAACUGCAACAACAACAGCAGCCGCAGCAGCAGCAGCAGCAGCAGCAGCAAAGUCAUUUACCACCAUUGCCGCUGCCUUUGUCUAGCUACCCCUUUCCCAUGGCUUCCUAUAUGCCAAUGCAUAUAUUUGCAACAGCAGCCACAUCCAUUCAGUCAACGCAACAACAACAACAACAACAACAGCAGCAGCAGCAACAGGAGUUAAAGAAAAAGCGUAAAUCUCGCCAUGCGCUUAACAGCGAGGUGGAUGCCCUUAAGGACCUAGUCCUAAAACUUGCCUGCCUGAGCCCCGACAUUAAGGCGCACGCUCAGCAGUUCAUCACGCAAAACGAGGUGCUCGCCCAGCUGGAUUGGCUGCAUCUAUCAGAUGCGCAGCAAUUGAACAGAUCGAACAACUAUAUGGCAGCUAAUGUAAUGCGUCAGCAGGUGGUAGCUGCUGGUCAUCGCAUUGAUGGCGGCAUGGACAUGACGAAUCGUCAGCAACAUCAGCAGCAGAUGCAACAGCACCUGCAACAGCAACUGCAGCAGCAACAUCAGCUGCAACUGCACCAGCAGCAGCAACGACCAAUUGCCCGACAGCCUGGAAAUCAAACACAGCCCAUGACUCAAAAGCGUUUAGGCGAGAUUCUGCGUUCACGACGCGAUUCAGAUAUAUCCACCACUAGUAGCAGCAGCACUGCUGCCACAACUCAGCAGCAACAGCAACAACAACAGCAGCAGCAACAGUUGGAGACUGGUGGGCAAUCGCCGCGCAAACGCAAUCGCAAUCGCAAGAAGCGCAAUGACAAGAACACGCCACGUUCUCUAAAGACCGAACUGGAUGCCAUGCGUUCCUACAUCAACAAGAUCGUGCAACAGCAUGUGGGCAGCGAGCAGCUGUUGCCGCAGGAGCUGCUCUUCAAAGGUGACUUUGGUGAUCUAGAGACGCAUGCCAGACGCCUGGUAACCGCUGGCUAUGGUCGCAUCGUCGAGGAGGAGAUUCGUGUGAAUCGGAAAAAUAAUCGCCAGGCGUUCAUAACUAUGUCCACGGAUCGCGAGGCACUGGAGCGUGAUGGCAUUGUUCUAUUGCCCGUGGCCAGACGCUAUGCCUUCGAAGGCGAUACGGUGCGUGCUUUUGUCUUGAAUGUGGGCGCCACGGUGAACAAGACAACGGAUGCGUCAGCGGGCGCAAUUAUAGGUGGCAAGGGCUCGCUAUCAUUAGCUGAGGACGAGGAGUUGUCGGAGGAGACCGAAUCGCAGGACUCUGACGAUGACAAUGUGACAGUCAUUUCCUCCGAUAAUUGCCCCAAAGCUUUUGUCAUUGCCAUUGUUAAGCAAACCGAGCUACGCCAGAUUGUCGGCAAUAUUUCCUUUACUAAUCCCACCAAACUGUGCGACGAUGAGUUGUUCUACAAAUUUCGGCCCUUUGACUUGCGCAUGCCCAUGGUCUAUAUAUCGCAGGCUAGCUGCGCGGCUCAUUUGGGUGGCAAGCAGAUGGACGAAGUGUGCGGCUUGCUGUAUCUGGCGCACAUACUCGAGACGGACUCCAAUGGCCAUUGCAUUGCGGAGCUGGUGCAGCCGCUUGGACGCGUUGGCAAUCUGGACAAUGAAUUGAAGGCCAUACUCUUCCAUAAUAGUUUGCGAGAUAUUGUUCCGUAUGAGGAGCGCUUCAAUGAGAUGUACGCACAGGCGGCGCCAGCUGUAACAGCCACUGAUCUAUUGAAUCGUCGGGAUAUGCGCAAAAGCUGCGUCUUUACCAUUGAUCCACUGACUGCACGGGAUUUGGAUGAUGCCCUGUCCAUUGAGAAGUUGGGCGAUGAUGAAUAUGAGGUUGGUGUGCACAUCUCAGAUGUCUCACAUUAUCUGCAAGAGAACAGCGAGCUGGACAACAUUGUUAAGGAACGUUCCACAUCGAUCUAUUUGGCCAACGAGGUGAUUCAUAUGCUGCCGAAGACGCUCUGCUUCCGUUGCUCCCUGUUGCCAGGGGAGGAUAAGUAUUCGUUCUCUGUCUUCUGGCGCAUGGAUGGCCAGGGCAAACAGCUGGCUGAGCCAAACUUUACAAGAUCCAUCAUGAACUCGUGCUCACAGUUUGCCUACGAGCAUGCCCAGAAGAUAAUUGAUAAUCCACUCGAACCUUUCACCGAGGAUGAUUUUCCCAACAUACUCAAUGGUUUUACGGUCAACGAUAUAGUCCAGAGAGUUACCUGGCUGCAUGGCAUUGCCUCGAAGAUUCGCACUAAGCGCUUUGAUGAUGGCGCCCUCACCAUCAACAAUGCUAAGGUUCGCUUUAGUCUGGAUCCACUGGAAGGCGAACCCAUGGGCUUUGAGGUGGAACAACAGAGAGAGGCGAAUCACAUGAUCGAGGAGUUCAUGUUGCUGGCCAAUCAGGCGGUGGCCAAAUUCAUCUACGAUGCAUAUCCCAAUAUUGCGGUGCUCCGCAAUCAUCCUCCUCCCUUGACCAAGUCACUGAAAUCGUUGCGAGAAAAGCUUCACUCGAUGGGUUUCGAUUUGGACUACAGCUCCUCGAAAGCGUUGCAGACCAGCAUGCAAAAGCUCUGCCAGGAAGCUGCCGACCCUGUUGCCAUGUCGGCGUGUCUAAGCCAGCUGCUAAUGAAGCCCAUGGCGCGUGCGACCUACAUAUGCAGCGAUGGCAAAACGGAACCUUCUGAUCUAUGGCAUUACGCCCUCUCAAUACCCAUCUACACCCACUUCACGAGUCCAAUUCGACGCUAUCCGGAUGUUAUGGUGCAUCGUCUGCUCGCCGCCGGUUUGAACUACUGCGCUGCACCUGAGCGCACAGCGGAUGAACUGCAUCAUUUGACAAAAGUUGCUAACGAACGCAAAUACAAUGCCAAGCAAGCGGGCGAUGAUUCCAGUAAUUUGUUCUUCAAGCGGUAUGUGAGCAAUCGACAGGUGAUCUAUAUGCGUGCCGUGGUCAUGGAGAUCUUUCAGCAUAUGAUGAAUGUGGUCACCCUUGAAUCAGGACAUGUCAUAAGUAUCAACUACAAAAUGCAGCGAGUGCUAAUUGAUACGCAUAAUGCACCCAAUUUCAUUCUGGUUGCCGAGAGGAAUAUGAAGCAGACGCCAUAUAAACUGCAAUUUCUCUCUGUGGUGCCCAUUCGGUUGAUUAUAUGGGAUGGCAAGCUAACGGGAUUUUUACUCACUGCCGAUCAGCGUCAAAAGGGACCCAGCAUUGAACAUCAAGGCGCCUCCUCUCGCAAGGACAAUAAAAAGCAACAACAGCAGCAGCAGCAACAGCAACAGUUGCAACAACAACAAUCUGCAAAAAGCAGCAACAAAUCUAAUAAAAAUAAUGUACACCUGAAAAAUGCUCAACAACUGUCGCAGGAGCAGCAACGUCUGCGUCGACAGCAGCAGCAGAUUCAGCAACAACAACACCAACAACAGCAGCAGCAACAACAACAACAGCAGCAGCCGCAGCGAAUGUUUGCCGUGCGAAAAAACAGUUCAUAAUUAACUAUAACAGCGAAACAACCGAUUUGAAGAUAGCGGCCGCAAAAAUAUCGCAUUUACACACACACGUGCAGCUUUUUUCUAUUUUAUUUUUAAAUCGUUGCUGCGUGUUUUCUAAUUCAUCUUCAAUUUCAAAACACAGUGGAUCGAUUAUAAAUUUCCUGAAACCUGUGAAUUAUCGAUUAUUAAUCAAGUUGCAACUCUGAUGUGGUCGAUAUGCAACCUCUUAAAAAAUGCAAAAAAAAAACUUUAAUUUUGGUCUACACAUAUUGAAAUUUUGAAAAUA